AUGCAUCCAUUCUUCUGCCUCCUCGCCGUUCUCCUCCCUCUGGCGGUCGCCGCACUCGUCGGACUGGCCGGCGGAUGGAAGCCGAUUAAGGACAUCAAUGGCCCCCACGUGAAGGAGAUCGCGGAGUUCGUGGUGUCGGAGUACAACAAGAAAUCCGGGAAGAAGCUGGAGUUUCAGAGCGUGAUGAAGGGCGAGACUCAGGUCGUCGCCGGCGAGAACUACCGGCUCGUCAUCGCCGUCAAGGGUAACUUGGCGGCGGCCAAGUACGAGGGUGUUGUGUAUGAGAAGAUUUGGGAGCAUACUAGGGAAUUGCUCUCCUUCGAUCAAGUCAAGAAGUAA